AUGGCAGCAUCUACUAAUAAUGAGCGGCACGAACAUAUUUCUACAUAUUCAUCAUCAUUAUCGCCUCGAUUGUUAUCACCUUCAUUAGGGGUUUCUCAUUUAUCAUCACCAUUAUCAUCAACUAAACAACAAGAAAAAGCUUCAUCUUUAUUAUCAUCUGAUGUAAUACCAGCCGAAAUUAAGUCAUCUUCAUUCAUAUAUUCUGCAUCAUCUGAUGAACCAACAUCAAAUCCUUCUGACCUUAGUGCUUUCCCUAAUGAACUUCCGACACAACCGAAACGUGCUACUUAUCCAUUGAACACAGAAAAAAGAUAUUUUUAA